UUUCCCCCACCCCGCCUCGCGGGCCUUUGUUUCUCCCAGGGUCGGGGGCGGAGAUGAUUCUGGGAUCCACCCCCGUUUUGUGCAGGUUGCAACCUCCGAAGGGGCGACGCCGAAGAGGGUCGAUCCUCAGAAAAGACUUCCUCGCAAACGGGUUGCGCCUGUGCGGAGUCACUUCCUGCUCCGCCUUCUCCCGGGGGAAGCCUGGUGGGAGAGGGGAGACCCAAAGUAGCCUUUUCAUAUAUAUACUGUAUAUAUUGCAUCUCCGGGAAGCGGGAGGAUCUCCUGGGAUUUGAGGGAUCAGGCAAAGGAUCCCGACCUAGAAUCCAGCUGUGAACUCUGGAGGGCCUGUUAUUUCCGCACCUGAUUUGGUGGGAGGCUCGUUUCACACAUCCCAAUUCAGGCCACCAGGAACCAAAAUGGCGGCAGAUCGUGGCGAUGCGUCCAAUUUUGGUGCGGAGACUAUCGGAAAGUUGGGUGUGAAGACUGAGAAGCAGGACCCAGUGGAUACCGAGCCAGGGAACGGCACAGGGAAAGAGCCUCGUGCCGCCCCGCCUGAGAGUGCCAAGGGAUUCUGGGAAGGUGCCGCACUGGACCAUGUCAAAUGGGAGCCCGAGGGGGCAGCGCAAGGAUGCUGGGAGACUCAGUGGCAGCGGUUUUUGAAGGCGGCACAGUCCCCGCACUUGGAACGAGGAAAGGUCCCCCAGCCGGGACCUGCACUGAGGGAUAUUUCUCAGGCCGAUCUGCCUCCCUUUGAGGGAGCGUCAGAGAGAGGCCUGCAGCUGAGGAGGCAGGAAGGGGCUCAACUCCUGCCCAGCGGUGAAGCUCAUAAGAACUUGGGGGCCGAAGGCGACGUCCUCAUUCCUAGAACAGUAAAGGAAGAGGACCUGGAUGCGGAGAGUGUCCGCCAGCACUUUCGGCAGUUUUGCUACCGGGCGGCUGAGGGCCCCCGCGAGGUUUGCAGCCGCCUCCAGGACCUUUGCCGACAGUGGCUGCAGCCGGAGAGGCACACCAAGGAGCAGAUCCUGGAGCUGCUGGUGUUGGAGCAGUUUCUGACCGUCCUGCCUCCGGAAGUCCAGGCCUGGGUCCGGAAGGGGAGCCCCGAGUCCUGCACGCAAGCAGUGGCCCUGGCUGAGGACUUCCUGCUGCAGCAAUCUCGAAUGGAAAGAUGGGAAGAGGAGGUGCCAGGGGUGUCUAAGGAGGUAGCCGCUGAGUCUUCAGAGGCAGAGCGGGUGCCGUCGGACACCUGGAAGGCGGUGCUCAGCAGAGAGGUCAAGCAAGAGGGGGAUGGAGAAACCACCUGUGCAGCAGAUGAUCAGAAGAGGCCAUUGGUGAUGGAACAAAAUUGGACAGGACGUCCCGGGGAAGACGAUCCACGUGGGAUGUUGGCAGAAAGGAAUAAACGAAGCGUUGCCCAAUGCCCGGUUCGGGAAGUAACUUCUGAAAUCCAAGAGGGAAAGGAAGGGGGUGCAGUCACGAAUUCUUGGGGAGGUGAGAAAGGACCGGAGGGAAAUGCCAAGGGGGCAAAGGCUGACCUUGAAUGCGGGAAAGCGCUUGGACACGAUUCUGAAAACGAAACAAACCUUGGGCAAGAGAAGUUGUGCAAGUGCCCAAUCUGUGGGCAAAGCCUUAGCAGGAGAACCGGGCUCCUUAUACACCAGAGGAUCCACACGGGAGAGAAACCCUACAGCUGCACGGACUGCAGGAAAAGCUUCCGGCACAAGUCGGUCCUUAUUCGACAUCAGAGAAUCCACACGGGCGAGAAGCCGCACAAGUGCCCCGACUGCGCCAAAAGCUUCCGGGACAGAUCGGCUUUGGAUGUGCACCGGAGAACCCACACGAGGGAAAAACCCUAUCAGUGUUCAGACUGUGGGAAAAGCUUCAGCCACCGCUCCAACUUGAUUACUCACGAGCGGAUCCACACGGGAGAGAAGCCGUUCAAGUGCUUGGAGUGCGAGAAAAGCUUUAGCGACCGGUCGUCCCUGACGGCGCACAAACGGGCCCACACCGGAGAGAGGCCGUACAGGUGCGCCGAGUGCGGGAAGAGCUUCUCCCAGAGCUCCAGCCUCCUUUCGCACCAGAGAAUCCACACAGGAGAGAGGCCUCACGAGUGCCCGGAUUGCGUGAAGUGCUUCCGCGACAAGUCGGCUUUCUUCGUUCACCGGAGGACCCACACGAGAGAGAAGCCGUAUAACUGCUCUGGCUGCGGGAAGAGCUUCAGCCAUCGCUCCAACCUGAACACACACGAAAGGAUACAUACAGGGGAGAAGCCUUACAAGUGCUUGGACUGUGGGAAAACCUUCGCCCAGAGACCAAGCCUUACUGCACAUGAGAGAAUCCAUUCCAAAAAGACAUUGCAGAGCUGCUGUAGCAAGAGGUGCUGGGAGGAAGAGACGGACCGUCCAGAAAUGGCCGGGGAUCUCCAUCCGUACUGGGUCCUGCCGGGGAACGUUGAGCCAAACUUUUCCCAGCGUCUGGAUCAGGGCGAAGCUUCGGCGGGCCGGCGAGGAGGCCCCUCAAAUAAGGAAAGAGAGGCAGCCUCCGUCGUUUGUUACCAGCACUUCUAUGAGCCGUGUGGCGACAGACAGGUACAAGAGAGGAUCACCAAAGGCGGGAGAGAGAAGACAUGCCUAGAGUGCGGGAAGGCCUUUCGGCGGAGGGCCGAAUUGGUCGCCCACCAGAGGAUUCACACCGGAGGGAAGCCGUACGAGUGCCUGGACUGCGGGCGAAACUUUAGCUACAAAUCCCGCCUCAUCACCCACAAAACGAUGCACACGGGAGAGAAGCCGUACAAGUGCCCCGACUGCGGGAAGAACUUCAGCCGGCAGCCGCACCUCAUGUCGCACGAGAGAGUCCACACGGGGGAGAAGCCCUACACGUGCGCCGAGUGCGGGAGGAGCUUCAGCGACCGGUCUAACCUGAACACGCACAAGAGGACCCACACCGGGGAAAAGCCGUACCGGUGCUCGCACUGCGGGAAAAGCUUCAGCCAGAGCUCCACGUGCAUGAAAUGUGUCGCUCUUCCCUUUUCUCUCUGCACUCUGUGGAUUUUGGGCGAGGGCAUCUCUGUGAUCAUUUCCUCCUUAUUCUACUGUGGGAAACCCAAGCGGAGUUUGAAUUUCCCAGGCGCGGCCAAGGCGACAUCGAAGGAGGAGAAGGGGCGGAAGAAAGCCUUGCAAAAGGAUCAGAAAAGGAAAAUGGCCGCCGAGCCAGGAGAUACGUUGACCUUGAGCCUACCGCCCGGUGCUGUGCUAAAGCAGAGGAUGAAAGUGGAGGAGCCAGACCCAGCCGAAGUGGGGAAAGGCUCUCGUGCCACGCAGGAUGGGAGUAUGAGGGAAUUCUGGGAGAGAAACGUGUCGGGCCACGUCAAGCAGGAGCCACAGAAGGGGCCUCAGCAGCCAUGGGAGGCCCAGUUGCAGGAGUUCCUCAGAGCGAUGGAGUCUUCCCACUCCGGCGGGAGAGACCAGCACCAGAGGACGUUGGCGUUGCAGGAUGAGGCCCAAGCUGGCCUGUCUCCAGGUGGUGCCAGGCCACGCCAGGUCCCUUUCCUGCCACAGCCCAGGAGAGAAGCCAACAACCUGCUGGCCAAGGAGGAAAGAGAGAGUGGGAAAGUGAAGGAAGAGGAGGUUGGUCCUGACGCACCGCGGCAACACUUCCGGCAGUUCGGCUACCAGGAGGGGCCUCGAGAGACUUGCACCCGGCUCCGGGAGCUUUGCCACCGGUGGCUGAAGCCGGAGAGGCACACCAAGGAGCAGAUCCUGGAGCUGGUGAUCCUGGAGCAGUUCCUGGCCGUCCUGCCAUCGGAGAUGCAGAGCUGGGUCGAGGAAUGUCGCCCGGAGACCUGCGCCCAAGUCGUUGCCCUGGCAGAGGAGUUCCUAUUGAGGCAGCAGGAGGACGAGGGACUCAGAGGGACGGAGGCGGUACGGGCCUUCCCUGAGGCGGAACGGGCUCCACCAGAUACCUGGCCGAGGCCUCACUUCAGGGAGAUCAAGCAAGAGGCCGACAGAGAUGCCACCUUGCUUGCAUGUUCUGCGGGGACACGUCGGAAGGAGAGGAAUCACCCGGGCAACGCUGAGGAACUGGAGCCGUUUGUAGCGUUGUCAAGGGAAGACGAGCAAAACAUUGCCAGUCCAGCAGAGGACUCUGAGAGCCUGCAAGGAAACAAACCAGAAGCACAAGGCGGGAAAUUCAUUAAUUCUCAGGGUGGGUAUGAGGACCUGGACGACAGCAUCGCGCCACAGCCAGCCGCCCUGAAAGGUGAGCAGGAAAACGCAGGGGUUCAGUUGGGGCAAGUUCUCAGGCUGAGGUCCGAUCUCAUAGUGCACGAGAGGACACUGACGGGCGAGUCCCAGUACAAAUGUUCAGUUUGCUGGAAAACCUUUUGCCGCAGGAACGUCCUCAUCACUCAUCAGAGAAUCCACACCGGGGAGAAGCCGUAUAAAUGCUUGGACUGCGGGAAAAGCUUCAGCCAGCGGUCGCACUUGAUCUUGCACGAGAGGACUCACACCGGCGAGAAGCCCUACAAGUGCUCGGACUGCGGGAAAAGCUUCAGCCAGAGGCCCCACCUGGUCAAGCACGAGAGGAUCCACACCGGCGAGAAGCCCUACAAGUGCCCCUACUGCGGGAAGAGCUUCAGCGACCGCUCCACCCUGACGACCCACAAGAGGACCCACACGGGGGAGAAGCCAUACACGUGCGCCGACUGCGGGAAGAGCUUCAGCGACCGGUCGUCCCUGAUCGCGCACAACCGGACUCACACGGGCGAAAAGCCCUACAAAUGCUCAGAGUGUGGGAAGAGCUUCAGUCACCAGUCGACCCUCAUUCGACACGAGAGGAUCCAUAAUGGGGACAAAACUCUGAAGUGUUUGGAAGCCGGGAAAAACGCCGUCUCCGUCUUGGGGGCAGAUAAGAGACCCCGCUUGGGGGACAGGCCCCCAGUGCCGUGGACCAAUUCUGUGAGUUGGGGAAAGCCUCUGUCGCUGAGCCUCAGCAAUGCCCCUUCUGAAAAACCUGGACACACCCCGCGGCAGAUCUUCCAGCGAUUCCCCUAUCAGGAAGGUGACGACCCCCGUGAGGUUUGCCAAAGGCUCCGAGAACUUUGCCACCGGUGGCUGAAGCCGGAGAGAAGCAGCAAGGAGCAGAUCCUGGAUCUGGUGAUCCUGGAGCAGUUCCUGGCUGUUUUGCCCUUGGAGACGCAGGGCUGGGUCAAGGAACGGGGCCCGGAGACUUGUGCCCAGGCUGUGCUGCUGGUGGAAAACGCCUUACUGAUGCAGCAAGAAGGCAAGAGACAGGAAGCUCAGGUACCGGAGCUUUGCAAAGCAGAGAAGGCGCUUCUAUCUGAGGCCAAGGAGCAUCAGGCGGACACCUGGCAGGGGCCGGUUUGCAUCAAGGAGGACGACGAGAGUGCGAGUGCCAUUUCCUUGGGCAAUGAGAGGACAUGGGAGAUGGAGCAACAUUGGCCAGAACAUCGUGGGGUGGUGGAAUUGCUGGGAAGUACCAAACAGAACAUUCCUCACUGUCCUGCCUGGGGGAAAAGUUCUGGAAGCCCACAGCAGAAUCCCCUAGUGAGGAAAGAGGACAAAGUUGCUCAAUGCGGGCCUGUCUUUAGACAGAAGCCUCACCUGACUUUGCAUCAAAGCCCCCAUUCAGGAGAGAAGCCAUUCAGCUGCUCAGCUUGUGGGAAGAGUUUCAGUCGCCGCUCCAACCUUGUCAUACAUCAGAGAAUGCACACAGGGGAAAGGCCGUACAAGUGUCCGAACUGUGAGAAGAGCUUCAGCCAUCGCUCCAACCUCAGCGCCCACGAGACCGUCCACACCGGAGAGAAGCCCUAUAAGUGCGCCAACUGUGCGAAGAGCUUCAGCCACCAGUCGCACCUCAUCGCUCAUCGGAGAAUCCACACGGGAGAGAAGCCUCAUAAGUGCUCGGACUGUGGGAAAAGCUUCAGUAAUCCGUCGCAUCUCAAAGCCCACCAGAGGAUCCAUACAGGAGAGAGACCCUACUCGUGCUCCAAGUGCAGGAAGAGCUUCAACCAGAGAUCCAUCCUUAUUGUCCAUGCAAGGACCCACACGGGAGUGAAGCCGUACACGUGCGCCGCUUGUGGGAAAAGCUUCAGCCAGAGCGCAAACCUUACAGCUCACGAGAGAAUCCAUACCACACGGACCUUCCAUUAUGCAACAGAGCUCUCUGAGGAAAGGAACUGUCUCAGUACCACAAACAGGGCAACAACCUCAGUUGGGGCGACCACAUAGAAGAGCUUCAGUACCCGUUUGACGCUUCUUCUUUUUCAACCUAGCAGAUUGUUAAGUGGAAAGGAAAUGUUUAAAGUUGAUAAUAAAACUGUAAGCCCUGAAAAGCAGGGGGGAUGUGUGGACUCUGCCCUGUGGUUCUGUGAAUUCUGUGGCAAGAAAACAUGAAGUGUUUGGGAGGGAUUUUCUUACAA